GUGUGUGUGGGUUAGGUCCACUUUGACAACAUACUGUGUGUGUAUGGGAGGAAGUGUGUGUAUAUUCAGUGUAUGUGUGGGGUGAGGAGUCAGCAGACUUGAGUGGUGAGCUGUACAGUACGCUGCGUUACAUUGGGAAACCUAAGAAAUUUCCAUCUGAGAGGGGUGGGAACCUUGAAAAGAGAGCACAGGUUCCCCCUGCACCCAAGGGAGACCGACCACAUGCUGCUGCGUCCCACGCCGUCUCCACAUCACAGCUGCCGGACGUCCGUGUUACACAGCUGAGGCCGCCACGCUCACCUGCACACGCUCUGCUCAUCCAGACUGCCACAAUGGUCCGCUGGGAAAUACUGUUUACUAUGAUCAUCAUUAAAUUUGUGUAUGGAAGACCUCCACCACUGCCUCCUCUGUCUAUGAAAGACGGCUGCUUCCUAGUGUUCCCAGAGGUGGAGAUAUUCAGAGUGGAGGGAGAUGCAGUGAUCCUCUCUUUUCCCACGUUUGAGAGAGUCCUUGAAGUACGCAACCUUGCACCCCCAACAGCAAACUACCAAAUCACUAAAAGUAACCGGACCGAGAACGCCACAUUUGAGGCUGAGGGACGUGUCGUGCAGAAGGAGAGACAGUUAUGGCUCCUACCAGCGCAGGCCUCAGACUCAGGGGAUUACACCUGCACCUACAGAAAUGCAUCCUACUGUGUAACUGGAAGCAUCACACUGCAUGUGUUUGGGUCCAGCUCUGUGGACAUGGAUAAACUAUCAUAUCCCAGAUCAGCUGCACUGGGUCAGAAGAUCACCUUUGCAUGUCCAUCUCUGGACUCCUUCAACAACACACACAGACAGACUGAGUGGUACAAGAACUACGGUCCCAAAGCCCUUGAACUGAGCAGAGAUGGUUCCUUCCAACGGGACAUGGGUUUCCUGAUCAUCCCUGUGGUCAAGAGGUCCCAUGCAGGUCUCUACAUAUGCAGACUCAAUGUGUCCAUCAACAACCAGCAGUACAAGGUCAGCAGGGCCAUCCAGCUCAGGGUGAACGGUCCAAACCUUGAACCUGAGGUCACCGUCGAGCCUGAUCUCCCUGUGACCUCUGACCCUGUGCUGAUCAGCAGCAUCUACACCACAGUACAAACUCCAAUAGUUCCACCACCUGUGAUUGUUUCUCCUCUGAAUGGAACCAUAUAUGAAAGUUCCCAUGGUUCAGGGGUGGAGCUGUUUUGCAAAGUGUUAACCGGAUGUGAAACAGCAGACUCCACCACUGUCACAUGGUUGGUCGACGGCCAAUCAGUGGAGUCAUCGUACCUUGAUGGACGCGCUCUACAGGGAGGGAGAAGGGUGAGCAGGAUGUCUACAGACUGCCAGAUUGAGAUAAGGCUGAUUAUUCUAGAGAUGACAGAAGAAGACACACAGACGGAGCUCAAGUGCAUCACUCAGAACCAGGGAGGGACACAGGAGGCUGUAGUGCAUCUUCAGCUAGAGGACUCCACAUCCACAUGGCUGGUCGUAGCUGCAGUGGGCAUGUCUUGCUUCCUGGGGGUGGUGUCUGUCUUCCUCUGCGUCCUCUUCAAACCGAAAAGGAAAAAGAAGUUAGAUUACAUCCUGGCUCGGCAGAAUAGCACCUUCUAGUUCAACAGCUUUGUUUUAAUAUUUUCUGCAGUAUUGGUCGUCAGUGUUUCCUAUUAUAAUAACUCAACAAACUUUUGAUUUUAGUACAUCUGUUAAGAUGCAGUAACAUUUUAAACACUGUUCUCCAGUUCUGAACAUCGUUUUACAGCAGGCAAUAACAUGACUUUAAACAGCAAAAAUUAUACACAGAUAGUUAAUGUUCGUGGUAUUGGUGUAACUAAAAGACAUGAUAUAGACACAAAUUUAGAAGCAUUUUUAACCCUUUCAUGCAUAGUGGUCACUACAGUGGACAACUGUUCUCCAGAUGUUCUUGUGUAUAUUCAUGGGUUUAGUUUUAGUUCCAUGUCCUCCUGAGA